GUGACAUGGAAUUUGUGAUUUGGUCGAAUGAACUCGGGCGGGCCGAAUAGUCUAUCGAAGCUCGAGGCAAGAUGUCUAGAAUACCAGCAUUGACGCUUCUGUUCUUGGCUUCUGCCUGCCUAAGCAAUGCAUUCUACGUACCAGGGGUUGCUCCUGUGGAGUUCAGAGAUGGAGAGGAGGUUGAAAUAAAGGGAGUGAAGAUAACGUCAACAAAAACACAGCUACCUUAUGAUUAUUAUUCAAUUGGAAUCUGCACUCCAGCUCUGGAGAAAAUUGUAUACAUGUCGGAGAAUCUCGGGGAAGUACUGCGUGGGGACCGUAUUGUCAACACAUUGUACAAGGUUCCAAUGAAGACAGACACUCCUUGCAAAGUUAUGUGUCUAGCCAAGUAUACAAAGGACCAGGCCAAGAUUAUUGCAGACCGCAUCAAGGAAGACUACAAUGUGCAUUUACUUGCUGAUAAUUUGCCAGCUGCCACUGUAGUCACACAAGCCACUAAGGAGGAGCCAGCGCAUUAUGUACAUGGUUACAAACUUGGCAUUGUUAUUGACAAUGUGCCAUUCAUCAACAAUCACCUAGUGAUGAAUAUGAAAUAUCAUCCAGUAGAAACUGAGGAAGGAGGAGUGACAGUUGUUAACAAUCGAGUUAUCAGUUUUGAAGUUUUUGGUCGUAGUAUCCACUAUGAUAAACUGACAGCGGAGAAGGAAGAUAAUUGCAAACUUCCUGAGCUCAAGGGAAAGGAAACUGUAGCACCUCAGGUCUUCGAAGGAGAUAAGGAAGUGGAAGUGAAGUUUUCCUAUGAGGUUCAUUGGGAAGAGAGUAACAUCAAGUGGGCAUCACGUUGGGAUACAUACCUCAACAUGACUGAUGUACAGAUCCAUUGGUUUUCUAUCAUCAAUUCACUCGUUGUGGUCUUCUUUCUUGCAGGUAUUCUAACAAUGAUCAUGAUCAGAACAUUGAGGAAAGACAUUGCCCGCUACAAUAAAGAUGAAGACGUUGAAGACACCAUGGAAGAGACUGGCUGGAAAUUGGUUCACGGUGACGUCUUUAGACCUCCCAAAGCCAAGCAAAUUCUGGCUGCUCUGGUUGGCACAGGAGUCCAGAUCUUUGUCAUGGCUAUUGUAACACUAAGUUUUGCAAUGUUUGGCAUGUUGUCACCUAGCAGUAGAGGUGCCCUUCUCAGUGCUUGUCUAUUUCUCUUUGUGUUUUUGGGAGUGUUUGCAGGGUAUUUCUCUGGGCGUCUUUAUAAGACCAUGAAAGGCACUCAGUGGAUUCAGUCAGCUCUACUGACUGGUUUCCUGUAUCCAGGUAUUAUAUUUACCACCACAUUCCUGCUCAACUUCUUUAUCUGGGGCAAGCAUUCAUCUGGUGCAGUGCCGUUCAGCACCAUGAUCGCAUUAGUGUGCAUGUGGAAUGGGAUCUCACUUCCAUUGGUUGUGCUUGGACAUUACUUUGGCUACAGGAAACAGCCCUAUGCCCAUCCUGUAAGGACCAAUCAGAUACCUCGUCAAGUACCAGAGCAGGUGUGGUACCUCAACCCAUUGUUAAGUGCUCCUGUUGCGGGCAUUCUGUCAUUCGGGGCAGUGUUCAUUGAACUUGUCUUCAUCAUGCAAGCUAUAUGGGAGAACCAGUUCUACUACUUGUUUGGUUUCCUCUUCGUUGUGUUCCUCAUCCUAGUUGUUUCGUGCGCCCAGAUCUCCAUCGUCAUGGUCUACUUUCAGCUCUGUAGCGAGGAUUACCACUGGUGGUGGCGGUCAUUCCUUGUCUCUGGAGGCUCAGCAUUAUACAUUUUCAUCUACUCCGUUUUCUACUUUGUAACCAAGCUUGAGAUAACUCAAUUUGUGCCAGCUCUACUCUACUUUGGCUACACCUUCAUGAUGGUGUUAACCUUCUGGAUCAUAACCGGCACUAUGGGAUUCUUCGCAGCUUACUGGUUCAUCGUUAAAAUCUACGGAGCUGUUAAGAUCGAUUGACGAGGAGAAGAGCUCCUACUAAAUUGAACACACUUUCUCCCCUUCUCAAUUAUAACUCUGUGGCCAGCUCUGUAAGGUUUCCUGUCAACAGCAAGAGUCAUAGCACUGCUACUUAAAAAGGAACCAGACUUUUGUUAAAACCUCUGCUUCAUUUUUGAUGGCGUGAAAGAAAACAGGUUGGUCUUAGCUCUGAUCUGUUCAAAGAGUAGUGAAAAUAUUUCAAAGAACUUACAAGAAACUUUCCAUAAGAUUUACUCUGACUACAAUUUUUUAUUUACCAAUUAGUUAAAGUGGUACAAGGUUAUGAAGAUGAGUUGUGAAGUCGCGUGAUCCUUUUCGCUAAACAACCUCUGCGUUUUUAAAAAAGAAAUUUAGUAUCCUUAUAAAGAGGUUCUGGUUUUGGGGCGUUUUUGUUUGGCUUUUUACAGUUAGAACACUCAGUUUCCCCGAACCGACAGAUCGUCCACUGAGGAGAAUAGAAAUGUGUUGUCUUGGUUGACAGUGUAAUUAGCAAACACAUUCUUUCAUGUAUGUAAAUAGUUACUAAACUCUGUAUUUUGAGAGGAGAAACAAAGUGGCUACCUUCAAAUACCUUGUGGUGUUUAAAGGUUUAUUGUAUUAUAUAUGAUAGAGUUCCUAGGUCUUGCGGGAUGGUCUAUAAAUAUUAAAUUCAACAUUGCUUAUGUUUCGGAUGUAGUUUUCAUUAUUAUUAUUAUUUUUAUACAAUUUAUCAAUUUGUAGAUUAGCUGGAAGGUGUUUUGUUAAUUUAAACUUAAACUAUAUCAGGAUGUAAGACUUUUGUUGACGCUAGGUGGCAGCAGACUCGCCAGGUAAAUCCAUUGUUUUUGGACAUGUGCGCGUGCUCAGAACUAGGUAAAUAACAGACUUUAAUCUGGUAUGUCUGAUGUCCUCUGGCCUUCUAAAGUAGACAGCCACUACCUGUAACCACAGUUUGUUUUUAAUUUUAGACUUGUCUGCAUAUUACUCAUGCGGCACUUUGCUUAUAAUGUGAUGAAAUAGUUCCUACGCUUACAACUUCAAUCUUCACCAGCACUGAAAAAACAAGCCUUGUAAAUUUAUAUUUCAAUUUUUUGGGUGAUCCCUGUACUACCGCUUCCCAUGUUGUAUUGUAAACUUGGGUGUGGUCUCUGGCUAAACACUGCAGUUACAGGUUGACUGGCUUCUGACUGGCACCCCAAACAAAGUUUUAUUUAUGCUGCAAUAUUCAUUUUGUCACAAAUUUUCUUUAGCACUACUUUGAGUUGUAGUUUAUUGUCUUCAAAUUAGUAUAAAGAAAAUAUUGGUUUACAAUGUGAUAUCAAAUUAAAUGUUAAUUUCUCCUUUAUUAUAGUGUUUCUGCACGUAAAGUGUUUAGUUUUUUAUUAAAAUAAAAUUCAGUUACUUAAACAAUGGAAAAUUCGGUUUGUAGUGAUGAGGGAAAUAACAACACUUAUAAUUCAUUGGAUUUAUUAUGAUGUUUUCCAAAGAUCAUAAUUUUGAUGUUGCUUAGCAGAAACUGUGUUUAUUU